AUGAACAUAAUUACAGCAUUACUCUCCAGGGUAAUUGGGUUACCAGAACCUACAUUACGGCUCUUAUCAACCAUUCUUCUUGCCUAUCCUUCCGCCUUUUAUUACAAAAAAUUAUACCUUAGCCAAGAUUCACUAAAGUCAACACGUGAAGAUAGAAAUCAAUACAUUCUCUUUGCUGGACUUGCCUUGAGCUUUUUCUUUAAUGGAUUCCACAUUUACCAUUCACUUGUGACCACAGCGGUAUCCUAUGGACUCUGCUUCAUUCUUGGUGAACAAAUGAAUGAUCGCAAGUUAGCCCUCAUGACUGUCUGGGGAUUCAAUGCACUCUACUUGCUGGUCGGAUAUUAUUACAUGCAAACCGAUGACUACGAUAUUACCUGGACCAUGUCACAAUGUAUUCUCUGUCUUCGUAUGAUGGGUUUCGGUUUUGAUUACUACGACGGACGCAAAAAGUUCACUGUCGCUGGUGCACCUACAGAGAAACAGGCCGACAAGAACGAAGAUCACACCCAGGCUGCGAUUAGAAGCACCGAGAAGGCAAAGCCACCUGUCGUCUUACCUCUGUCAUUUAGAGCAGACACGCCCCUGACUGAUUUACCAGACCUGAAAGAAGUGUUUGCCUAUGCUCACUUUCCGGCUGCUUUCCUUGUCGGUCCUCAAUUUUCAUUUUCACUGUACAGAAAGUGGUUGAACGAUGAUGAACGACAGCUCAAUGCGGAAGAACACGAGGAAAAGGAGAGAGCACAGAUCGCUUACAUCAUACGAUGUGUGCUCCUGGCAGCUGUCUAUCUCGGCUUACAACAAACGAUCGGCACCAGGUACAACACGUCGUACCUGCUAACUGACGAGUAUCGCUCAUUAUGCCUUUUGAAGCGUGCGUUUGUAUUUGUAGUUGCUGGCAAAUUUGCAUACAAUAAGUAUAUCGGUAUCUGGUUAUUGACUGAAGGUACAAUCGCCGCCUUUGGUAUUUCAUAUGAAGGAUUUGACAUGACUGGACUCGCCCAGUUCCGUGGACUGGCCAAUACACUCCCUGGCACGUUUGAAACAGCCACAUCGAUCGAUCAUAUCAUUGGCUCAUUCAACAUCAACACGAACCUUUGGUCCAAAUAUUACGUCUUUAAACGACUCAAGUUCCUCGGUAGCAAGCUCGCAUCGCAAUUUGGUACAUUGGCAUUCUUGGCCAUCUGGCACGGAUUCCACUGGAUGUAUUUCCUGACCUUCUUUCUUGAAUUCCUCUUUGUCCUCUGUGAAUCCAUCCUCCGUCGACGAUUACUGCCGCAUGUUCAACCUUACACCAAACAAAACGAGAUUUACUUUUAUCUCUGGAAGUUGGUUGCCUGGGCAGCCUGCCAGGCAACAUGUGCAUAUGGUAUCGUCGGAUUCGAGCUCUUGAAGGUCGGCCGAGCAUGGGCAGCCUACAAGAGUGUAGGCUUCAUCGGACACAUUGUUAUUGCUGUCAUCAUUUCUGCUGAUAAGUAUUUACCAAAGAAUUUGGGUGCACCAAAAAUGAAAAAGAAGUAA